GCGGCGCCGUCAGUCGCUGCCUGGAGACGCGCGCGCGCGCACGUCUUUUCCUCUUUCCCCCUUCCUUCCUCUUUUUUCUUUCUUUCUUUCUUCCUCCCUUCCCUUCCUUUCCCUGCCCGCCUCUCUCCGUACCCUGACAACGUCCUCCUUCGCCACCGCCGCCACCACCACACCGGGGGCUGGGGGUCUUUCGGGCUCCCCCUGCUUCCCCUUGAGGGGCCAGAAGGGCUUUGUGUGGGAGGGGAGAGCAGCGGCUGAGGGGCUUUUUGUAUUAUUAUUAUUUUGGGGGGGGGUGUCCUUUGCUGGAGUUUUAGGCUGGGUUUUAAAGUGGCCACAGGCACCGCCCGUUCCCUCACACGAAGGUGGCGGUGGGAGGCUCCGGAGUCCCUCAGGAAAAACCCCUCUUGAGUCGCCCAGGGUUGAAGCCAUCUCUUAUCUGCAAUGACAGGCAAAUCGGUCCGGGAUGUGGAUAGAUAUCAGGCUGUCCUUGCCAAUCUGCUGUUGGAAGAGGAGAACAAAUACUGUGCAGACUGUCAGGCCAAAGGGCCAAGAUGGGCCUCAUGGAAUAUUGGUGUUUUCAUCUGCAUCCGUUGCGCCGGAAUCCACAGGAACCUGGGUGUCCACAUAUCCCGGGUAAAAUCCGUCAAUCUGGACCAAUGGACACAAGAGCAAAUACAGUGCAUGCAGGAGAUGGGGAAUGGCAAAGCAAAUCGCCUCUAUGAAGCUUACCUUCCGGAGAACUUCAGACGACCUCAGACAGACCAAGCAGUGGAGGGCUUUAUCAGGGACAAAUAUGAAAAGAAGAAGUACAUCGACAGAAGCCUCGACGUCAACUUGUUGCGGAGAGAAAAGGAUGACAAAUGGAAAAAAGAGACAGCCUCAGGGAAAAAGCUGGAGCCAAUUAUCUUUGAGAAAGUGAAAAUGCCUCAGAAGAAAGACGACUCUCAUGCCAGGAAAAGUCCUUCCAGAUCUUCUGAGCCCGCCAUGGACUUGCUGGGACUUGAUGUUCCUGUUUCAACGACCCUCCCCAAUGGCAGAUCAAGUAACUGUUUAGAGAAGGACUUGGACCUGUUUGCCUCCAUGACCUCUGAGAGGAAGGUCGUUGGCUCUAUGCCCACAGCUGGGAGUGCUGGUUCUGUUCCUGAAAACCUGAACCUUUUCCCAGAGCCUGGAAGCAAGUCAGAAGAGAUGGGGAAGAAGCAGCUCUCAAAGGAUUCUAUUCUCUCCUUAUAUGGCUCUCAGACCCCACAAAUACCUGCACAAGGAGCUGUGUUCAUCACUCCAGCCCAAAUGGGGUACCCUGCAGCAUACCCCAGUUUUCCAGGCAUGCCCCCUCCCAGCAGCAUGAUGGGUGGCAUGGUGGCACCACCAAUUGGGAUGAUGGCACAGCAGGGAGCAGCUGGCAUGGUGGCACCCAUGGCGAUCCCAGCGGGUUAUGUAGGCGGCAUGCAGACAGCAGUCAUCGGCGUCCCCAAUGGGAUGAUGCCAGCACAGCAGGCUGGGUACGUGGCUGGCAUGGCACCCGUCCCACCCCCCGCAUAUGGGGUGCAACCAGCACAGCAGUUACAGUGGAAUAUUGCCCAGAUGACGCAGCAGAUGGCUGGGAUGAACUUCUACGGCACAAAUGGGAUGGUGGGAUAUGGACAGUCUAUGGGCAGAGGAGGGGCCCAAGGAACCAAUCAAACCCUCAGUUCCCAGGUGUGGAAAUAAUACACCAGGAUUUUGGACCUUUUGUUUCUUCCUUUGCUUCUGUUUUCUUGUUUGAGGGGUUUUUGUUUGUUUGUUUGUUUUCUGCAUUAUUAAAAAGUUGCUCCCUGAGGUUAUUUUAAGGUUUUGCUUUCCAUUCUGGUGGUCUUGGCUGGACCUUUCCUGUAAUAAGGGAAACCUUCUCUGCUGCUUUCCAACUCCACAUCCAUGGAACUGGAGAUUUUACUAUCUUGGCUCUUUAAACUAUGUGAGUGUGCACAUAUGGUGGGAGGUGGCCUGUGUUUCAGAAAUCAAGCCCCUUCUCUGAGGUUUGUCAUCUGUUUACGAUCUCUUCUCCCCCCUCCCCCAUACAAAAAAAAAAGCUUCUUGCUUCCAUCCUUUUGCCUUUCUUCUACUGAACAUUCCAUUUCCACACACACGCACUAUGGAGUUUUCCAGAACUAGUUCCACCUUUCAUGAGCUUGAAAUUUAUUACCCUGGAACUGGUAGAAUUCCUAUGAGGCCCUUGAGCACAAAUCUUUUUUUUUUUUUUUUUUUUGAACUGUGAACAAGGUGGGGUGAAAUUGGCACCACUUUGAAACAACUGUUUCCUCUUUCUAACCACCAGUGGUGGCGACAUAUUUAAACAACCUCUCCUCUCCCCACCUGCCCACCAAUAUUUUCUUUCUUUUACAUUUUAAUGACCUAAUUGAUCAAAGGGCCAAGACUCUGUGGCAAGUUUUCUCCUUGCACUUUUUUUUUUGCACUUUGUUUUCCUGUGUAACACACACACUUGCCAGCCUGAAAGUUUUAGUGGUGGAAUAAAAACUAUGGGACUGGGAUGGUCCGACUCUCCUCAGCCACUACACAGAGGAAGAAGAUCCAAUCUGUGGUUUUGAAAUAAAGCAUAAAUGAAAGCUAGGCAUCUUCUGUCUACUUUACCUUGUGUAUAUGUAAAUUCCUUAAUAAAAAUAUUGCAAUGAAAUAUCACCUUGUUUCUCUCUAACUUAACUCAUUGUGUUAAAGUUAUUUUAAUACUUCUACACAUGUACCCAAAUGCAGUAAGCAUUUAUGUUGAGUAAAUUUCAGUUGUCUCUGCUAAUCAGCAACUAUGAGAACCAUGCCUUGGUUUUUGUUUUUUUGUUUGCAUGGAGCAUCCUGUGUAUGCUUUUUUGCCUGCUAGGUAGAACUCAUGCAUGUGUCCACGGUGCUAUGAGCUCCUGGCUCUUAUGAAUCCAAAUCUGUUAUCUUUAGGCCAAGGUAGCUGACCUAGAGUGCUGUAAUCCCAUAAAUGAGAUCUAUUUCUCAGUGAUGAACUGGCAUGUGCUUGCACAAAGGAUACACAGCAAUGGGUGCAGUAGGAGUUUUAUGAUGAGACAUUUAAUGGCUGCAUGGUGAUGUUUUCCUGGUAUGAAGGCUGCAGGCAUCAUGUACAUAUUGUUUAAAAAGUAUGGGAGAAAAGUGUGUUCAUGACAAACAUUGGGAAAUAUAGUUGUGAGGUCCUGGCAGCCAAUUUUUUGGAUGUUAAGGCAUUGCUUUCAUAUUAGCUGCCUGGACAGGGUCUGACAAGCAAAGUAACAAUGAGGCUGGUACUGGGAGGAAGGACUUAGAUUUGGUCAGCACUUGGAACAUGUUGGACUUGUUGAAGGAGACAGGCUUCACUCACUUUGAGAUGAUGUGGGUUUUUAAGUGACCUCUUAGGGAGGGGGCUAUCUGCUUGGAAGAAUCUGGUUUGGGAAAACUCACCCUUUAGGGAUGGUGUUAAGUCUUUCAGAUCCUCAGACUAGGAAGGGCUGAACUUUGGCAAUGAGCAUACAGAAACAAAAGACUAAAGAGUCACAAGAAAAGUUGUGCAGUUAAAAGAAGUUUUAGAGGGACCUGGAAUCUGGUGUGUGAGGAAAGCAUCAAAAAAUCUCUCAGGAACAGGUGUAAGUGGACAGUUAUCCAGGAAGUCCACCAUGGCCACAUCUAAUUUCAAAACAGAAACUUCUUAAACAUGAGACUAAUUAAAAAGGAGGGAAGUAAAAUUCCUCAAUGUAAAUCUGUCAAACAUUUUACAAAUGACACAGUAUUGAUUCUGUGUCUAUCAGGAGUCUCUCAUCGUGGCAACAUUAAUUACUCGGAACUUCCUGCCCAUUAACAUUAAGCAUGCACCCUUGUUUAUAGUAUUUUAGAUGCCUGCCUGAUUAUUUUAUAGUGUCUUGUGUGUGCUGCUCAGGGGUACUUUCAUUAAGCCGUUUAUAAUUUUUUUAGAUCGAUAAAUAAUGUAAGGAAGCUAUCAAAUGCAAGAAGGCUUCCUUAAUGAAGUGGAAGUCUUGCCUAAAUGGAGGUGAUAAGAGCGAGCACAAAUUCCAGAAAAACAAAUGCAUGCAGGUUGACAACACAGCAAGGGGGAAAAGGAUUUCGAAGCUAAAAAUGUGUGUUAAAACAGAUGCUUCAGGUACAAGAAAUCAUUGAACCAUUUGAUGACAACAGUGUGUAAGGACUAAUGGAGGUGGGAUAAUAUUGUGGAGAAAUUGAAUCACUUCCAUGUACAUUUAUCUGCAAGAAUUAAGGUAGACUCCUAUUAAAACCAAGUGUGAAUCUAUGCAAGCACCUACCCUUGGUGCUUAUUUGCAAGGGUCCAUGUACUGGCUGCAUGAAACGUGUAGUCAAGAACUGGAAAUACUAUUGGCGCGACUUUUCCAAACACAGUUUGCAGUCAAAACAGUUUUCAAAACUGACUUUAAUUGUCUUUACUUGCUGCCCAAAUACUGUACAUGCAUUUAACAAGCCAAAUGGAGAGACAUUAACUUUUUUUUUAUCCAUCUUGUCUCCUUUGGAAAGAGGAGAAAAAACUUGUCAAGAAUGUUUAUACAAAAUUGAGCGUGCACCCUCAAAGCUGUCAGUCCUGCUGCAUAUAAACCCACAGAAAAAUACAAGAGUUCUACAUUUAGGAAAGACCACAUCACAUAGAAAACAUUACAGAGCGCAGGUAUAAAAUUGCCAUUUGUGUGUAAAUGUGUGUUAUGUUUCUUGGUUCAUAAAUAAUCAAAUUCUCCACUGCCCAUCACAAGCUCAUCCCUUCUUGUGCUCAGUGUGACCAGGAGAUUUUCAACUCUAAUCUCCAAGUAUGGGGGUUUCCCCUUGUAUUCAAACUUUGUGGUAAAUCUGUCAUUUAAAGCAAAGGCCAUUAUACAUUUUUUUAAAAAAUGAUAGCCAAAUAGGAGAGAUUUGAAGGCAGGUUGACAGUUGUAUUGGCUAUCUUAGAAAAGGGUGGGAAAACUUUGGCCUUCCAGAUGUUGCAUCAGCAUCAACAAGCAUGAAUAAUGGUCAUAAUGGCCCCAGCCAAUAUGCCCAGUAGUCAGCUGUAGUCCCACAUGUUGAGGACCAAAUGUCAGCCACCCCUGGUUAAUGAGCUCAGUUCAGGGUUCUGUUUUUGACCUAAAGAACCAUAAAUGAUUCAUGUCCAGAUUCUCCCAUGGGGAAUAUGUUUCCAUAUGAACACCACCAAUUUAAGGUCUACUGCUGAAAGUAUAUUACAUAGAAAUCAAGUUGGCCUCCAUGAAGCAGAGCUUUUUUCUGUUUUAGCCCCAGAACUUUUAGCCUGUUUGGCUCCUACUCUGUUACCCCUUUUGAAGCAGAUUAAGCAUGAAUAAUGGCCAAGGAUUAUGGCAGUUUCAGUUCAGCCACAUCUGGAGGGCAAAAGUGUUCUCCACCUCAACUUGAAAAAUAUUAAAA